AUGGUCAACCAGAUCAUGAGGAGUAAACGAAACAUGAAAUAUUCUCUCAAUAGCAGUGUCCGAAGUCAAAGCUGCAAUACUGGCAAUCGCACGGCAUUCCUGUCGAACGAGUUGAUACUGACACGCGGGACUUCUGCAUACGAUACCUUCUCCACCUUCAAUUUCUCGGCACCCUCCUUUAUUCUUUCUCUUUCCCCUAAUCAGCAAAGUUUGGAUGCCUCCGUUUCCUUGAGUCACUAUCUGCAUUCAAUAAUGCCUGAGAAUGCUGUUACAAAGAUGAUAUUCACCCAAGCAAACUACCUCCAAACGCCAUUUCACCCUGCAGUCUUUGCACAAAGAUUGUCAACCUCGCACUCCCCGGUGCAAGAUGCUUUAAAACGAUUUGUCGAGAUUGCCAUGAAAUAUGUUACUUCUCAUGACAAAUUAAUGGAGAACUUUGACGGAAAAGAUAUGGUACCUACUCGAUUAUUCCGAUCGGUUCCUGUCUGCGAAUGCUGGCUUGCCUUGCAACAGUUCAAUACUAGUUUUGCAUAUGAACGUUCACGGGAAGGCAAAAGUGCUGUCGAGAGGCUUUCACGGGUCCAUAUUUCUCUUCUCGGACGCAUAAUUGAGAGAAAUAUGCUCCUGCAAUCAUCAGACAAGGAUUUGCGUUUAGUGUGCGAACUUACUAGAGCUAUUGACUCUGACUUGAAACAAUCAGCCAAUAUUCUGUCAAGCGAACCUUGGAUCAUCCCAAAUUUGAGCAGUUCCGCGACACAAAAGGACAUAUUGAAAAACUCAGCAACAUUAACUGUCCAGAUGCACCACUAUUACCUGUCUCUUCUUCUUCACCAGCCGAUUUUGUUACGGGGAAACGUUCAUCAUGCAAGUGCCUACCGAGGGCUGGAUCCCAAAGCAUGGAUUGCUUCUGUGAAGUUCCUCCUGGCUCAUAUCAACAGACAUCAAGUAUCUGUGCAUGAUCAUUUAGAGCAGCAAAGACUGCAGGACAUAGAUAUUGUUUACUGA